AAUGGUAACAUGGAUGGUGGUACACUUGGGCUAUAUGCAUAUAUAAAUACCCAAAAUCUCAAAAAGAUGAGAGCAUGUGACAAUAGUAUGGAAGAAACAAAGUUGAAGAAGCCACACUAUGUGUUCAUCCAUGGUGCGGGUGGUGGAAGUUGGUGUUGGUACAAGAUUAAAUGCCUUAUGCACAACUCCGGCUACACCGUUACAUGUAUAGACCUCAAAGGCGCAGGAAUCGACCUAUCUGAUCCCAACAAGAUCCUCUCGUUCGAUGAGUACAACAAGCCACUUAUCGACUUCUUGUCAACGUUGCCUGGCCAUGAACAAGUGGUUUUGGUCGGGCAUAGCGCUGGAGGUCUAAGCUUGACCGAUGCAAGUCACAAGUUUCCAAAGAAGAUAGCCCUCGCGGUUUAUAUCGCUGCCACUAUGCUAAAACACGGGUUUUCAACGGAGCAAGAUGUUAAAGAUGGUGUCCCUGAUGUAUCCGAGUUUGGAGAUGUUUAUGAUUUCGAAUACGGAUUAGGUCCCGAUCAACCUCCCACCAGUGCGAUCGUCAAAAAAGAAUUAGAGCGAAAACUUAUCUACAAUAUGAGCCCUCCAGAGGAUGUUACGUUGGCUUCGAUGCUGCUAAGACCAGCACCACUUUAUGCAUUUCAAAGAGCCGAGUUCAAAGAAGGAACCAAGAGUGUCGAAAAGGUGCCACGUGUAUACAUCAAGACAAUGUACGAUCGAGUUUUGAAACCCGAGCAACAAGACAAGAUGAUUGCGAAAUGGCCACCUUCGAAUGUAUACGUUAUAGAAAGUGACCAUAGUCCAAAUUUCUCUAAUCCAUUUGUACUAUGUGACAUAUUAGUUAACGCUUACGUAUCUAUGGGUCAUACUUGUACCUAGAAAAUCUAAUUCGGUUACGAUUUGAUAUUCUUGUAUCACGUCUUGUAUGCAAUAAAAUCCUCACAUAUGUCA